AUGAGUAUGGCAUUGUAAAAAUUUCCGUCAAUAGAAAUUAUUAAAGUAGCUGGUUCUGGUACUUUUGGAUAUGUCUUCGAAGCAUAUGAUCAUAAUACAAAACAGAAAGUUGCUCUCAAGAGAAUUGAAAAGGUUGGAAAUCUUUUAAGUAGAGAAUAUGAAAUACUAUUUGAAGUUAAGGAAUGUGAUCAUAUUGUUAAAAUCCUCGAUUUCUUUUAUUCUAGAACUGAUGCGGGUAAAUUAAUUCAAAAUAUUGUGUUUGAAUAUAUGGAGGAUAACCUUGAAAAUAGGAUAUAAACAUUUAUUAAACAAAAUAAAUUCUUUUCAGAGCUGACAAUAAAGUCCUACAUAUAUCAGAUUUUAAAAGGAUUAUAGUUUAUUCAUAAUAAAGGAAUAGCUCAUAGAGAUUUAAAGCCAGAAAAUAUCCUUAUAAAUGAUAAGGAAGUAGUUAAAUUGUGUGACUUUGGUAGUUCUAAAAUGAUAAAUUCUCAUGGUUAAAAUACACCUUACAUAGUGUCUCGAUACUAUCGUGCUCCUGAAUUAAUUUUAUGCGUAACAAAAUAUGAUGUGUCUAUUGAUAUUUGGGCUCUUGGUUGUAUAAUGGGGGAAUUAGUUGUGAAGGAAGCUCUUUUUAAAGGAAAAAGCGAAGGAGAUUAAUUGUUCGCUAUUUUCAAAGUCAUGGGAAGUUUUAGUCAAAGUGAGAUGGAAUAUUUUUCAAACAAAGUGCCCUUCGAUCAUAAAAUAUUUUUCAAAGAAUUAUAGAAGUAUAAGAGAUAGAAUUUAAAAGAGAAAUUCAGUUAAAUGAAGGACUUGGAUAAUUUUUUAGAUUUACUUAACUUAAUGCUGCAAUAUAAUCCAGAGAAAAGAAUUAGUGCAAGCGAUGCUUUGAAGCAUCCAUUUUUUAAAGAUGUAGCAAAUUAAUGA